UAUGGGCACACAGUUCGCCAUCCUCACAAUAAUAAGAAGAAGUAUUUCCGGUUAAAAAAAAUACAAACACAUGGGAUAAAGAUUUCUGAAGUGUUGCAGUCAUGACGAGGUGGGCGAGAGCUAACAACAUCCACAAACACAAACCAGCCUCGGCCACUCCCUGGAGCCAGCUGAGAGCAGGACGACAGGCAGGAGGCAGAGGCGGCUCAGCUGGUGGUAAAGAAGACCCUCUGAGGAGGACACAGCCGAGUGGGUCUACUGUAAAGAAGCCCAACUCCAAGAAAAAGGAGUACGUCAACGAGGAUGUGAACGGCUUCCUGGAGUAUCUCCGGCAGAGCGGACAGCAGCUACCUGAAGGAGGUGGGGAAGGAGAGCAGGAGCUCAGGGAGGAGGUGCAAAUGGCUCUGAAGAAAGACAAGAGAAGGGAGGACAGGAGGAUAAAAAGACAGAGCGAUAAGAAGAACAAAAUGUUGUGUUUUAACUGCAGGAAGCCCAGUCACGGGCUGGCAGACUGUCCAGAGGCCGACAGAGACAGAGAGAUGGGCCGAGGCAUCUGCUUCCGCUGUGGCUCCACCGAACACGAAAUCCAAAAGUGCAGAGCUAAAGUGGACCCUGCUCUGGGUGAUUACCCAUACGCAAAGUGCUUCACCUGUGGUCAGACUGGACACCUGUCACGUUCCUGCCCUGAUAAUCCCAAAGGCCUUUAUGCACAAGGUGGUUGCUGUCAUAUUUGUGGCUCAGUGGAACAUUUUCAGAAGGACUGUCCAGAGCACCAGACUGCAAGUAAUUCAGUGACAGUGGGCUGGCUGUCCAACAAUAUGAGCGCAGACCACGAGGAAGUGCACAUUCCAGUAAAGAAAGCAAAACCCAAGCUGACUAAAGUGGUGAUAUUCUGAUCAGAGAACUGAUCAUCAUAUUUCUCGGACCCACCUCACCUUCUGGACUCUAGUAAAUGGGCAGAUUACCCUCUAACAGGCAGUGAAGUCUUCAUACAUGUUCUUAUUGUCACUGAAUAUAAACAAUGAAGAGUUGCUGGUUAAAAUAAAAACAAUGAGUUGG